AUGGCCCCCAAGAACAAGGGCGUUGCGUGCCUCUUCCACCCUAAGAAGAAGAAACCCGGAGCACCCGCGCCCGCACCUUCAAAGCCAGAAACUCCAGCAGCCGGGUCUUCCACAGAUUCUUCCACUUCCACGUCCACACCCACACCCACGCCUACAUCCACACCCGGAUCCACAUCUGCGCCCAGCAAGGCCCGCACCCCCCGGCCACGCCGGCCGAAGGACGACGACGACGACGAGCGGCCACCGCCACCACAGGGCCCGUUCGUCGAGUAUAAGCUGAUGUCCUCCGCGCGGAACGGAUGGAAGUACGACGUGAUGAAAUUUGACUCCCGCAAGGCGGUCGACAUCACGACGUGGGCUCCGCCCGUGAAACUCAACCGCAAGGACCCGCACCGCAGCGACGGCGAAGCCACGGGCGCCGCUGUGCCACAAGCUGUUGGGCCCAUGCUCGGCCCCGACGGGAAGCCCGUGAUCGGCGCUGAUGGGAAGCUCGUCAUGGUGGAUGCGGAGGGGCGCCCAAUCCGCCCUGGCGAGGUCCGUGCGGACGAUGGGAAGGAUAAGGGGAAGGACAAGGCGCCGCCGCCGAAGAAGCGCUUUCAGAAAAAGACGCGGCAGGUGUUUCCCGUGCCAGAGGAGAUCAGGCAGCUGCGGAAGGAGGAGCGAUACCCGUGGGUGAUGGAGGACUCGGAGCAGCUGGAGAUAUGGACCGGCAGGAUGGAGGAAGUUGCCAAGGCGCAGACACAUGGGAUGUUUAUGCCCGCCCAGACGGCGAUCUUCAAGUUUGUGCCCGCACAUCGGUGGUACAAGUUCCAGAAGAAGCCCAAUUUCUAUGUCAUGGGCCUGGAGGAAGCAGAGCUCAAGCAAAAGGAGAUCUUGAAGAACGGAGAGCCAAUGCGCUGGCUAUCGCGUAAACGCGGCGGACAACCCUCAGAAUCUACCAUGGCGACGUUCAAGUCGGAGAGUGCCGGUAGCCUGGCGGCCAGCGGGUCGCUCGUUUACACUGCGGGUCAGAGCUUCGGUCCUGGUGGCCGGCGGCUUAAGACAGUCGACAGCGGCACCGCAGAUUUGUUUGGGGACGACGAUGACGACGAAGAGGGCCCCAGCCGCAAGAGGAAGACCAAGCGCGAGCUGGGUGCGGAGGGCGACGUGGACGAGCUUGACUUUGAGGAGGACUUUGCGGACGAUGAGGAGAAGAUAGAGCCCGAAGCUGAUGAUGAGGAGGCGAAGGAAAUGGAGGAACGUCUCAAGCGCCAGUAUAAGAACGCGAACAAGCAACGGGAGGGAUACAUUGACGAGUCCGACGAUGAUGAGGAAGAGGAGUCGAAGCUCACGGGCGCUGGCAAGACUCUGCAGAAGACGUUGCGGAAGCUAGAGAAAGACGGCGGGUAUGACGACAGUGAUGACGAGCGGAACCCUUACGCGAGCUCGGAGGAAGAGGAGGAGGAGGAAGAACCUCCGGUUACCCAAGUCGGGCCUGCGAUCAUCCCGCCAGAACCGAAAGUUCGCCCUUCCUCCUCUCAACCCGCUGCAGUCGCUCCCCCCUUGACGAAUGGGACCAAGACACCUUCUGCAAGCCAGCCACUCCCACAAACGAAAGCUGAAUUACAAUCUCCAUCGCGUGCCACUUCUCCGGUGCCAAGUCACGGAGGUCACUCCGUGGUCGCGAUGCGUGCCACGAGUCCAAAGGUGCCUAAGCCGAAACCCAGCCCGAGCCCUCGCAUAGGCGGGCCAACGUCACCGACGGCUAGUCGUGCGACGAGCCCGAUCAUGGGUGCGGGCACAGGAAGCCGUGCGGGAAGUCCGGUGGCGCAGAGCCCGACGAUGACCACGGGAAUACCCCCGAAACACUCCAAACGCAAGGCCACGGAAGAGCCCACGUCGCCAACCGGAGCCUCUGGCCAAGGCGCGCCUCCGAGACCGAAGAAACGCAAGGCGGAGGUUGCGGCCCCGGACGGUGUGGCAGCGGACGGGGUGCUGGAGGACCGGAUGGUGAUUGAGUGGCUUAAGAACACGCCGAACGCGACUACACGCGACUGCAUCCACCACUUCAGGUCGUACCUGACGGACGAGGGGAAGAAGACGCGGUUUACGGCGCUGGUGAAGGAGGUUGCGCAGCUGAGCAAGGGUGUACUGGUGCUCAGGCCGGCUUAUCGGGGAGGGGGGGCACCAUCGCCUCCGCCUGUGGCGAGCCCUGUUGCGGGAUAG